AUGGCUGAUAAGAAACCGAGGUAGGUUUUUAUACCGAAAAUGAAUUCUAAAAUACAACUUCAAAAUAGAAAAAUUGUUAUUUAGGUUCGAUUGGUUCCAAAGCGAUUUGGAUGUUGUUUUGACGAUUUUGAAGAAGAAUGUAGUUUUGGAAAAAUGUACGAUUCAUUUCAAUGAUGGACAUUUGACUGUGAAAGAUGACGGAAAUGUGUUAUUUGAAGAGGAUUUAUUUAGUGAUGUUAAGCAUAGUGAUUUUAUUGUACAAUGCACUCCAUCAAAGGUGAGAUUAUAAUUUUAAUAAGAAAAUGAACGAAAAAAAAUUAAUUUUAAAUAAUUAUUGGGAAGAUAAAAUUCUCAUUUUCCAAUUUUUGUCUUGGAAUUCCCAAAUGUGUUUGUCACAUUCUUCCUACCAUUUUCCACAUUCUCAUUUGUGCGACUAGGUAACACAUUCGCCUUCUAAUUUAUGGACCCAAGUUCAAUCCCCUUCUCCACCUUUCAAAAACAGAAUGAUGAGCUGCUUGUAGAGAUAUAAGUGGCCUAUAAGCCGAGUGUUAACAUGUUAUAAUAAAGCAUGCGAUGACCACAACUCAGAAAGCGAUACUAUUAUGCUCUGACUGUUUUUUAUUUUUUUCAAAAAAACACUUCCCAUUUUUUGUAUAGUUUGAUAAUCAUCUAAAACCUUCAAUGAUAAGAAAUACUCCUACGUGCUUUUUUCCAGGUUGAAGUGAAAAUGCCGAAAGGAAAUCGUGGAGAAAGAUGGGCAACAUUGACAAAAACAUCUGGAACUACACCAAUUAUCUCAUCUCCAUUAUCUACAGUUCAACAACAACAACAAACUGUUCCAAGUGUCUCAUUUGCUAAGAAAAAUUGGGAUGCUAUUGAAAAACAAGCUUUGCAAGAAGAGGAAGAUGAGUCACAAGAAGGCGAUGCGGCGGUCAAUAAAAUGUUCCAAAAAAUCUAUCGCGACGCGUCGGAUGAUGUGAAAAAGGCAAUGAUGAAAAGUUAUCAGGAAUCUGGUGGAACUGUUUUAUCAACAAAUUGGGCUGAUAUUGGAAGCCGAAAAGUUGAUGUUCAACCACCGGAUUGUAUGGAAUAUAAGAAAUUUGAUAGUUGA